AUGUAUUUGGAAGUGUCUACCGGUUUAAGCUCAAGAUCACCGCAAAGCUCAACAUCUGGAUGUCUAUGACUGUUCGAAACUGCUCUAGUUCGAAACGAGCGUUUGGUAAAGCUCUUUUUGUGAAUAUUGAGAGUAUCGCGAGUGUAUUGAGAAAGAGUAAGACAGUAGUAGAGAUUCUAGUCGACGUAGAUUGUGUAAAUGGAAAGGGCAACCUGAACAGAAGCAGACAGAAGAAAGGGCAGAGAGUAGAGGGAGCACACAAUGAAAAGCGCGGGGCGGUAUAG